AUGGCCUAUACCGACGUUGAAACCUCAGUCACUCUUCAAGUGGUUGAUGAUGCGAAACUCUCUUCCCCAGGGGAAAGCGAAGCAUUGGUCGCUACUGAGCAGGUCGAAAGAUCGGAACAUUUGUUUCAGCCCAUCAAAUAUUCCUAUGAGUGCUUUAACUAUGAUGGCAGGAACUUUACAGAGAGUCACGCUGCCCCCUUGAAUCUCGAAGUUGUGAAAGAGGCUGAGCAGCUCGUCGCAGAGGAGCAGUCCUGCGUGUUUGAGAUAGCGACGGGAGUCGAGGUCAAGCGGCCUCGUAAUGGGGCUCACGAAGAUGAUUAUGAAUAUUCACUGACCUGGAUGGAGGUGCGCGCGAUCAAUGAGGCCAAGAUGAUAAUUCACUCGCUGCCGUUGCUGGAUGCCAUUCGAGAAAUAGUCAAGUUCUACCCGAGCCAGAAUCUCAUCGGUGACAAGGUCACGGUCUACGAGCCAUAUAUGGUGUUAAUCCAUCACAUCCGGGAACUGAAAGAGCUGAAGGAUCGAUUAGAGAGCAGUGUCGCCGCCAGACCCGAUGAUCAUAUUUUGGAAAAGUGCCGCCACAUUCAGGUCCUGCUUGAUUUCUUGAAUCCCAGGUUUCAACGGACGUUGGCCCAAGCUGACAAGCGACUGCUCAAAGAAACGCCCACUGUUGUCUUCGAGGACAUCUGGUACCUUCUGAAGCCGGGAACUUUGGUCUACUUCCUCCAUGAUGGUCUAUGGCUUGGUGGCGCUAUUGAAAGUGUGAGUCGCAGGAGCAAAGACAGUGACAAGAAAGAGGCCUGGAUAGUCAACAUCUGGUUCCAGGAUGUUGGAGCGCAUUCACACGUGCUUGCCUGCGCUCCUCAUUCCAUUAUCAUAGAGGCCUUUGAUGGUGAGAAACUUGUUACCAGUCUGCCAGUGCUCCCAUGCCAGAUUCACGACCGUCAGGACAAUGGCACAAGACGGGCGGCGUUUCAGAAAAGGGGUGCUUUAAUUGCUGACAUCAUGUGGAGUGGCUAUAAGUACAUGAAAUAUAGUGGGAUGACAAUGGAUAAGAAGAAGAGAAAGGUAACCCAUCUCCGAACACAUAAGAACGCAGUUGCUGACGUCCUCAAGUAUGAAGGCCCUAUUAUAAUCGGUCCCUGUGACCUAGAGACCGAGUUUCCCGAAAGCGACUGGAUAUUUGAUUGGAGUCCAACCGAUAUCCUGAAUGCAAAGGCCGAAGAUAAAGAUAAUCGAGACCCCAUCCAUCCGACACUUCCACUUGAUCUAAACGUCGAUGMAAGUGAUAAAUCGCUGCUUUCCGAUGAUCACUUCUUAAUGAUGGUCCCAAUCAUGGCUGCAUUUGCUUUGUCGACUAAGACUUGGGAGUUUGUGAAUAUUGACUGGGCAAUGGAGAUGGAUAAACCAGACGCCAUCCCGGACGCAAACACAAACCCCGAAAAUCUCGACAUCAUCAAAGCCUUAUCAGAUCGCCAGAUUAAAACAAAGACUCCUUGGUCUGCAGAUUUUAUCAAGGAUAAAGGAGAAGGCGUUGUGGUGCUACUUCAUGGACCCCCUGGAGUUGGAAAGACAUAUACCGUAGAAUCAAUAGCAAUCAACACCGGUCGUCCCUUGAUCAGCCUGACAAUGGGAGAUCUUGGGACCGAGGAAGACGCGAUAGAAACCCAUUUGACGAAAUGGUUUGCACUUGCUCAGAAAUGGCGGGCAAUUCUGCUUCUGGAUGAGGCAGACAUUUUCCUCGAACGUCGAGAACACAAAGAUCUCGCCCGCAAUGGAAUAGUUUCUGCUUUUCUCCGAAAGAUGGAGUUUUUCAGGGGUUUGCUUUUCCUGACUACCAACCGAGUCGGCCACAUCGAUGAAGCAUUCAUUUCACGGGUCCAUGUCAUCAUCGGCUUCGAGAAGUUAGACCCCGAUCAGCGCAGAAAGAUCUGGAGAAGCUUCCUGGAUAAGCUCCGCGCUGAACGGAAGGGCAAGAUUCGGGUCACCCCGGCCUGCGUCAAUUAUGUGCUGGGAGACGAGAUGAGCUCCAUGGAGUGGAAUGGACGUGAGAUCCGGAAUGCGUUGCAGACGGCCAUUGCCCUAGCCGAAUACGACCUUCGUAGGAGCGAAGACUAUGAAGAAGGGAUGGAGAUCACCGUUGAGGGCAUUCACUUCCAGAAGGUUAUGAAAAUGAGCCGGACCUUCCGCGAAUAUAUGAACAGCAUCCAGCGGGAUACAGAGGAAUAUCGCGCCACAAAGUUUUACGGCCGCAACGACUAUUUUCGGACGGAUAAUCCUUCAACUGCGUCAUCUGCCACGCAGAAUCCGAGACCGGUACAGUUCGCUGGGCGGGAGAAGCAUGAUUUUGUAUAG